CCCCUCUCUCCUCUCUCUCUCCUCCCUCCCUCUCUCGGCUGCUCGCUGCCUCUCUCUCCACCUGUUAGUGCGGACCUUCUCAUCCACCUGUUUGUGUUGGAAUCUCGUCCUCUCACCCAAUCAAAGACUCUAUGACGGUGCGGAGAGGAAAGAAGCUCAGCAUCUCCAUCCAGGAACACAUGGCCAUCGACGUUUGCCCCGGCCCCAUCAGACCCAUCCGGCAGAUCUCCGCAUACUUCCCCCGCCUGUCCCCCACCUCCCCCGGCCCCCUGUCCCCCAACCCGGCCUCCUCGCCACUGGCCCUCAGCCCCGGCUGUGUGGCGUCCGGGACGGUGGGGGGGGCCAACCUGCUGUCCCCGCUGUUGGCCCACGGCCGGCCCGGUGGGGGGGGCGGGGGCGGGGGGUCUCUGUCUCUGACCAGCAGCGUGGACACGUCGGUGGAGAUCAACAGCUCCGACAGCGACGACUGCACUGCGUUGGGAACGCUGGAGUUUCAGCUUCGAUACGAGCAGAGCUCCAGCGAGCUGCACUGCACGGUGAUCCGAGCCAAGGUAAGGCCGCUCUCCAAACCACAG